UUGUCUGUAUUUGAGUUGUUCGCUCUGCAAGAACAAAUUUGAAUACAAGAUCAUGACUGAUGAGGCUUUUGAUGUGAUGGUGGUUGGCUCCUGUAUGACUGACUUGGUGAGCCAGGCACCGAGGCUACCCAAAGCCGGGGAAACCAUCCACGGCCGCAAGUUCUUCAUCGGCUUCGGAGGUAAAGGGGCCAACCAGUGCAUACAAGCUGCAAGACUGGGGGCCAAAACCGCUAUGGUCUGCAAGGUUGGUAAAGACUUCUUUGGAGACAAUUACAUUCAGAAUUUCAAGAACAAUGGUGUACACACAGAUUUUGCAGGGCAGACCUCUGACGCAGCCACAGGAGCUGCUUCCAUCAUUGUCAAUGAUGCAGGUGAGAAUGCCAUUGUGAUCGUGGCCGGUGCCAACAUGCUGCUGGGCAGCGAGGACCUGCAGAACGCUCUUCCAGCCAUCAGUCAUGCAAAAGUGCUGGUGUGCCAGUUGGAGAUCAGCCCGCAGACAUCCCUGCAGGCGCUACGCAUGGCUCAGGAGAACAAAGUAAAGACAAUUUUCAACCCAGCGCCGGCCAUUCCCGACUUGGACGCAGAUUUCUACAGAGCCUCUGAUGUGUUUUGCUGUAAUGAGUCUGAGGCUGAGCUGCUGACUGGUUACUCAGUAGCUAAUGUGGAAGAAGCGCAUCGGGCCAGUCAGGAGCUGCUGAAGCGAGGCUGUGGGUCAGUCAUCAUCACUUUGGGACCCCAAGGCUGUGUGGUGCUCAAGGCACAGGAGUCGACCUCAAAACAUGUGCAAGCUACACCAGUCACAACAGUGGACACUACGGGUGCUGGGGACAGCUUUAUUGGUGCGCUGGCAUUUUACAUGGCUCAUUAUCCCACAAUGCCUCUGGAGGAGAUGGCCCGCAGAGCCAAUCAGGUGGCAGGAGUGAGCGUGCAGGCUGUUGGCACGCAGACGUCUUACCCCUUCAAAAAGGACCUGCCGGCUGAACUGUUCUAAGACGCUGCUGUUAAUGGAGCUCGACCUGAACAGAUCUAACUGACCUGUGAACCACACUGUCGUAUGACAUGAGCUGCUUUUGAGAGAUGCGAGAAUGAAAAAAGUUAUGAAACUUUUUUUUGAUUGUUAAUGAUGUCAUCAAUGGUAUUUUAAUAUGAAGCCGGUCAUUAUUUCAAUUUGACUGUCAAUAUAACAGUUACAUCAACAGUGCCUAUGUGGUGAAACGCCAACUCAAGUGUUUAAUAAUUGAAAAACAUCUUAACACUUAAUUUCUUAUGAACAUAACUUACUUAAUGAGCCCAAACAGAUCACACUUCACAAUUUCUUUCAUGUAAAGUAAUCAAUGAUACUGUAUAGCCCCAUUGAAUAACAUUAAUUUAUGUCAUGAGGAGUAAUUUAAAAUGGUUGUAGUCCAGAUUCUCUUGAAGCUCGGUCAGGGUUUGCGGUGGAGAGAAAGCAGAGGCCCUCUGACAGAUCCCAGGAGAACUCCUCUGACAGCAAACGGAGAUGUUGACUGAUGAAACACCUUGUAUAAUCCAUGACAGUAAAAAUAGUCUGUGUUAAACCUAGCAGGCUUAUGUUGUCCAUAUAUUUUG